AUGCAACUCAACGUUCAAGAACACGUUGUCUCUGGAGGCCCGCCCCAGGUUGGCCCUCAGAAGCCAAUGCACCUAGAUUCUCAAGGGAAUAUGGUACUCAUGGCUGAAGAAUACCAUGCGGACAUGUCUGCGAUUCCCAUCAACGCUCUGGAGUUUUUGCGAUUGAAGCUGACCCAGUUAACCCACAGUCUCAACAUGAUGCACGCACUUCUACUCAAACCCGUACUACCGCCAUGGCCCAAUCUGCAUGCCCAGUUUAAUGUGAUUUUGAAACAACUUAUGUCUUUAAGUGAGACGCUGGCACACUACCGUGAUAUUCUGGCUCGCACAGUUGUAUACCCCUUACCUUCGUUUCCUUUAAUAACACAGGGCGCAUCGUUACGCUCUUUACUGCGGAAAAAGGCCACACCUGAAGUUGAAGAAUGGAUUGCUAAUGCACGUACGCUUGCACAAGAGAGCGGUGUUCAAGUUACUGCAGACGAGGAGUUUUCAGCGUUUGCUGCCGCGACUGUAGAGGAAGAGCUCAAGAAACAUAGAUGGAACGGGUUUCUAACCCGUGAGCAGGUUGAGCGAGGUGAACGAGAUCCAGGAAUCAAACUCAAACAGACCCCUCAGCAGCAAAAUCGUACAGCUAGUGGUGCUCCAUUCCGUGGAUUACCUACAGCCAAUAACGGACCUGGACAGCCACGAUUAGGAAGCUUGGGGCCGCCGUCACAACGGACCUACGAAGACGGUGGAUGGACUAUUGAGCGUGUAAUUGAUUUUAUGGCGGCCGGACCGCCUGAGAUUCCAAAAACAUGA